AUGUCGUCCGCGCUCCUUCCCACACGAUCAUUGGCUCGCACUGCCGUUCGCAGCACCCAGCAUUCCGUCUCCGAAUUUACCGUCCCCUGUACCGUCGCUCGCACACGAAGGCGCAUUCACUCCACACCCUCGAAUCCAGUCCAGUACUCCCCAACGAAACGCUCCGUAGCAGCAGCAAUACCACAUGACCAUACCGAACCCUCCGAUCUUACCACACCCAAUGACAAUGCCGCCGCCACACCCAUAAAACCGCUCUCCCAAGAACAGCGCGACUUCCUCGACUCUGCGCUGCGCGUAAAUCAAGCCGGCGAACUCGCUGCAGUCUUGAUAUACACCGCGCAAACACCGCCCUUGCUCCGCGCGCAUCCACACUUGAAAGGACUCAUGAAGCACAUGCACGACCAAGAAGUCGGCCACUUCCAUUACUUCAACUCAAUACUCGCAAAGCACCGCAUCCGCCCCACAGCCAUGUACCCCGUUUGGCAUGCUGCUGCCACAGUCCUUGGGUGGGGCACCGCAGUCAUGGGAAGGGAAGCCGCCAUGGCGUGUACCGAGGCAGUGGAGACGGAAAUUGGGACGCAUUACAACGAGCAAGUGCGCGUGCUGCUGGACUGGGCGGAUAAGCUGGAAGCACGGGGAGAGACACUGGGUGAGGAGUUGACGGUACUGAUCAAGGAGUUGAGGCGGAUACGAGAUGAGGAGUUGGAGCAUUUGGAUCAUGCGGUCGAGAACGAUAGCAAGGAGGCGAAGCCCUAUGAACUGUUGACGAAUGUCAUAAGAGGAGGCUGUCGGACCGCGAUUUGGAUUAGCGAGAAAGUGUAA